UCCUAGGGAGCACGCCAGCAUUUCCAGCGCUCAGGGCAGGGCCACCCGGCCUGCGGCCGUUGCAUUGGCUGGAAGCUGGCGGGCGAUCACGGUUGAUCGGCUCGGGUGCGGUCCAAGGGCAGCACCGCCUUCGGCGGGCCGCCUAGGGUGAUUGGCUGCUGCAGACCCACCCACUCGUCGGUUUGCGGGUCGGCGAAGCCUGGAUUGGUGGAGCUAAGAGCUGGCUCAGCAGCAGCUCACGCUCUUGGUUCAGGGUAGAGAUGGCGACUGCGACUGGGCUGCUGAGGUGGCGUGUGGCGAGCUGGAGGCUGCGGCCGCCGCUUGCCGGCUUCGUUUCCCAGCGGGCCCACUCGCUUUUACCGGUGGACGAUGCAAUCAACGGGCUAAGCGAGGAGCAGAGGCAGCUUCGUCAGACCAUGGCUAAGUUCCUUCAGGAGCACCUGGCCCCCAAGGCCCAGGAGAUUGAUUGCAGCAAUGAGUUCAAGAACCUGCGAGAGUUUUGGAAGCAGCUGGGGAACCUGGGCGUAUUGGGCAUCACAGCCCCUGUUCAGUAUGGCGGCUCUGGCCUGGGCUACCUGGAGCAUGUGCUGGUGAUGGAGGAGAUAUCCCGAGCUUCUGGAGCAGUGGGGCUCAGUUACGGUGCCCACUCCAACCUUUGCGUCAACCAGCUUGUGCGCAAUGGGAAUGAGGCCCAGAAAGAGAAGUAUCUCCCAAAGCUGACCAGUGGUGAGUACAUCGGAGCCCUGGCUAUGAGUGAGCCCAAUUCAGGCUCUGACGUUGUCUCUAUGAAGCUCAAAGCAGAAAAGAAAGGAGAUCACUAUGUCCUGAAUGGCAACAAGUCCUGGAUCACUAAUGGCCCUGAUGCUGACGUCCUGAUUGUCUAUGCCAAGACAGAUCUGGCUGCUACGCCGGCUUCUCGGGGCAUCACGGCCUUCAUUGUAGAGAAGGGUAUGCCUGGCUUUAGCACCUCUAAGAAGCUGGACAAGCUGGGGAUGAGGGGCUCUGACACCUGUGAGCUAAUCUUUGAAGACUGUAAGGUUCCUGCUGCCAACAUCCUGGGCCAUGAGAAUAAGGGUGUCUACGUGCUGAUGAGUGGGCUGGACCUGGAGCGGCUGGUGCUGGCCGGGGGGCCUCUCGGGCUCAUGCAAGCGGUCCUGGACCACACCAUUCCCUACCUGCACGUGAGGGAAGCCUUUGGCCAGAAGAUCGGCCACUUCCAGUUGAUGCAGGGGAAGAUGGCUGACAUGUACACCCGCCUCAUGGCAUGUCGGCAGUACGUCUACAAUGUUGCCAAGGCCUGCGAUGAGGGCCACUGCACUGCCAAGGACUGUGCAGGUGUGAUUCUUUACUCAGCUGAGUGCGCCACACAGGUAGCCCUGGAUGGCAUUCAGUGUUUUGGUGGCAAUGGCUACAUCAAUGACUUUCCCAUGGGCCGCUUUCUUCGAGAUGCCAAGCUGUAUGAGAUAGGGGCUGGGACCAGCGAGGUGAGGCGGCUGGUCAUCGGCAGAGCCUUCAACGCAGACUUUCACUAGUCCUGAGACCCUUCGCCCCCUUUUCCUGUACCUAGUAGCCUUUCUUGGCAAGUAGAGAUGUGGCGGCUCUCCCACCCUGCCUGCAGCAGGCCCUCCUGCCCAGCUGGUCUUGUUAGCCCUCUGGCCUCUGGAUGAGGUUGAGUUCUCCACAACAGUUCCCAAGCAUCAUGGCCCUCACAGCCGGGCCAGUGCCAGGACUAGUGUUCCGUGACUUAAAAUGGACUCAGCAGGAAGCAUAUUGUCUGGGGAUUGUUGGGACAGGUUUUGGUGACUCUGUGUCCUUGCGCUCUAACUUCUGAGCCCACUUCCCAGGGUAGGCAUCUGGGGGCAUGCAGAUACCCGCCUCUUUCUCUUGGGUGAGCCUCUGGCAGGAGCCUCUGCUCAAGCACAGCAGAAUCAUGGCCCCUCCGUGAAUUGGAACUUGGUGCAGGUUAAGUAUCCCUAAUCCUAAAAUCUGAAACACUUCUGGUUCCAAGCAUUUUGGAUAAGGCGUAUUCAACUUGCAGUCUCUUUUCUGGGGGAAAAAAAUAAUUAAAAACCUAGCCUAGCCAGGCGUGGUGGCUCACGCCUGUAAUCCCAGCACUUCAGGAUGCCAAGGUGGGUGGAUCACCUGAGUUCAGGAGUUCAAACCCAGCCUGGCCAACAUGUGGAAACCCCAUCUCAACUAAAAAUAGAAAAAAAUUAGUUGGGCAUGGUGGCGGGCACCUGUAACCCCAGCUACUUCAGGAGGCUGAGGCAGGAGAAACACUUGAACCCGGGAGGCGGAGGUUGCAGUGAGCCAAGAUUGCGCCAUUGCACUCCAGCCUGGGUGACAAGAGCAAAACUCUGUCUCAAAAAAACAAAACAAAAACCUGGCCCUUGUUUCUUCCAGUUUCUAGAGGUAUCAUCUCCUAGCAGCUUAUGAACACAUAUGCUUGGCCAGGCAGGGUGGUGUGUGCCUGUAAUCCCAGCACUUUGGGAGGCCCAGGCGGGAAGAUCACUUGAGCCUAGGAGUUCAAGGCUGUAGUGAGCUAUGAUGAGACCACUGUACUCCAGCCUGGGCAACAAAGUGAGACCCUGUCUCUAAAAAUAAAAAUAAAUGAUGGCUGGGUGCCGUGGCACACGUCUGUAAUCCCAGCACUUUGGGAGGCCAAGACGGGUGGAUCACUUGAGCUCAGGAGUUCGAGACCAGCCUUGCCAACAUGGUGAAACCCCAUCUCUACUAAAAAUACAAAAAUUAUCCAGGGGCGGUGGUGCACACUUGUAAUCCCAGCUACUCAGGAGGCUGAGGCAGGAGAAUCACUUGAACCUGGGAGGCGGAGGUUGCAGUGUGCCAAGAUGACACCGCUGCACUCCAGCCUAGGCCAUAGAGCGAGACUCUGUCUCAAAAAAGAAAAGAAAAAUAGGCCAGGCGCAGUGGUUCACACCUGUAAUGCCAACACUUUUGGGAGGCCAAGGCAGGUGGACCAUGAGGUCAAGAGUUCAAGACCAGCCUGGCCAAGAUGGUAAAACCUCAUCUCUACUAAAAAUACAAAAAUUAGCCGUAUUAGCCAGGCGUGGUGGCAGGCGCCUGUAAUCCCAGCUAAUCCCAGUCUCAGGAGGCUGAGUCAGAGAAUUGCUUGAACCCAGGAGGCAGAAGUUGCAGUGAGCCAAGAUCACACCACUGCACUCCAGCUUGGGUGACAGAGUGAGACUCUGUCUCAAAAAAUAAUAGGCUGGGUGCAAUGGCUCACACCUGUAAUCCCAGCACUUUGGGAGGCCGAGGCGGGCAGAUCACAAGGUCAGGAGUUUGAGAACAGCCUGACGACCAACAUGGUGAAAACCCGUCUCUACUAAAAAUAUAAAAAUUAGCCGGGCCUGGUGGCACACGCCUGUAAUCCCAGUUACUCGGGAGGCUGAGGCAGGAGAAUCACUUGAGUGUAGGAGGCGGAGGUUGCAGGAGCCGUGAUUGUGCCAUUGCACUCCAGCCUGGGCGACAACAGAGUGAAACUGUCUCAAAAAAUAAUAACAAAGUAAAUGAACACAUGUGCUGCUAAGAGUCUGCUGUGUGGCAGAGCAGAGGACAGCGUGCUUUUGUGUGCUGUUGGAAGACUAGCUCCUCCUGUACAGCACCUCUGAGCCCUUGUGCACUGCCCCACCCUGCCACAGGCACCAUCCAGUCCUGGCCAUGUGACCACCCACAGCUGACUGGGCAGCAGGCACAGGCCCUACCCGAGCAGACCGGAGUUGGCUAGCCUGACUCCAGCUGAGGCUGCCUAUGUACAUUUCUCCAGAUACCCUUUGGCUAAUUUUGUUAUUACUGCACAGUGGCUGCUGCCAUUUUGUAUUAAAUAUAUUGUGAAACAAAUCCAUCUGCUUCUAAAGCAGUGAUUUUGGGGAGAAGCAAUCUACUUGCUGCUGCUUCCUUUCUGGAUCCAGCUUGUGUCCUUGGAGAGUGGCUGGUCCAGGUCCUAUUCCUGCCCUUCAGCCUGUUAUUUCAUGAGGGACAGGAAGAUAAAAUCAGCCCUUAGGAUAGAGGUCUCAGCCUCCCUUUCCCAGAUCUCCCAGUGAGUUUUAAAAGAAACAGGGAGCAGGCCGGGCGCGGUGGCUCACGCCUGUAAUCCCAGCACUUUGGGAGGCCGAGGCGGGCGGAUCACAAGGUCAGGAGAUCGAGACCACGGUGAAACCCCGUCUCUACUAAAAAUACAAAAAAUUAGCCGGGCGCGGUUGUGGGCGCCUGUAGUCCCAGCUACUCAGGAGGCUGAGGCAGGAGAAUGGUGUGAACCCGGGAGGCGGAGCUUGCAGUGAGCCGAGAUCGUGCCACUGCACUCCAGCCUGGGCUGGGCGACAGAGCGAGACUCCGUCUCAAAAAAAAAAAAAAAAAAAGAAACAGGGAGCCCAGAGUGCUAAGUUCUUACAGCCAGAAGGAAGCUUAUAGAUUUCUGAAAACUACACCUAUGUUUUUAAAAAGAUCAACACAAUUUGACUUUGUCAAGGUCAAAAUGAACUAGAAUCCAGAUCUGCUAGUGGCAAAAAUGGGGAUGUUCUGAGAAUUCCAGCCUUGGGCCCCACUGUACAGCCUGGAUAGAGUGUGGUCUGAGAAGGGAAUGGGUCUAGGUUGUUCCACCCCUUCCGAGUUCCCUAAAGAGGUAACUGGUUUUCUUGGCUCUCAGCCCAGCAGCGCCUAUCCUGGCUUUUGGUCCUGGCCUGCAGCCAAGUUGCUGUUCCUAGCCUGAGGCUUGAGACAGGUGGGGUUAGCUCCUCACCAACCCCAGUUCAGUCCCAUCCUGAGGGCAAGAUCCUGGCCUCAUAGGCAGUGCCUUUCACUUCCCUGCCAUGCUCCCUGCUGUGUUGGAGAUGAAUGUGACUGAAAGGGCCAUCUUGCUGGCUUAAUGUGUGGCUGGAACGACCAGCCUGGAGACACAAUGUGGCAAAAUGGGGCGCUUCAUCCAGUCUGUCUAAACCCUGUCGACUUGGGGAGGUGAUUUCUUUCCUGAUUCUGUAUGUGAAGCAAAAGAAAUGUUUUAAAAUUAAAAGGAAAAAAACCAAAAUGAA